AAAGGGGAGAUUGCUACGGAAUCGGCAGCUUUAUAGGACCCUUCAUUGGUUUCAAUCUCUUAGACACACGCACACAUUUCAAACCCACAAAUACUUCUCUCCCACAAAUUGCAAAUUCCACCUGUUCAUCCCAAUAGCUAAAGAAAUGUCAUUCCUUUCCCUUUUGCCUAAACCCCCAAAUCCAUUCUUCCUCUUCUUCUUCUUCUUCUCAUCCGUUUCUCUUUGUUUCCUCUUCCCAAUCCCCUUUCCUGUGGUGCCCACCGCCCGGACCCACUCUUCAGGACGGCCAAGGCUACCACCGCCGCCGCCGCCACUGCACUUCUUCCCGCAGAUGUCAUAGUGGGUUGAUGAAGAUGAAAUAUAUGGGAGAUGUAGAACGGGUGAUGAAGAAUUAGAAUGGUCACAUAGUUCCACCUAUGUAAUUUUACAGCUAACUCAAUGUUUUAUAUGUCUCAGUGUCACCCACCCUUGUUGCUUACGAAUUAGCUUGUGGUAAAUGUAGCUAAUGCUAUGGUUGGACCACGAUCAUGGAUCGUAGGACUCUUCAAUCGCUCAGGCAACAGAAAGAGUGAUAAGUUUCUUCAAUACCCUUUGAGUCCUCUUCAGGAAGAAAGGCUUCAGAGGCUACAACACAGAAUGCAUAUACCUUUUGAUGAGACGUGCGUUGAUCAUCAAGAAGCUCUGAGAGCAUUGUGGAAUGCUGCUUAUCCAAAUAUUGAGCUUAAAGGGAUGAUAUCCGAGCAAUGGAAAGAAAUGGGUUGGCAAGGUCCUAAUCCAUCCACUGACUUUAGGGGUUGCGGGUUUAUUUCCCUUGAAAAUUUGCUGUUUUUUUCCAGAAUGUUUCCGGCAUCUUUUCGUAGGUUAUUAUUGAAGGAAGAUGGUAAUCGAGCAACUUGGGAAUAUCCGUUUGCUGUUGCUGGCAUAAAUGUAUCAUUUAUGUUGAUUCAAAUGUUGGAUUUGAACGCGGAAAAACCAAGGAAUCUUCCAGGACUAAAUUUUGUGAGACUAUUAGGAGAAAAUGAAGAAGCAUUCGACGUAUUAUACUGUGUAGCUUUCGAAAUGAUGGAUGCUCAAUGGCUAGCUAUGCAUGCUUCCUAUAUGGAGUUCAAUGAGGUUUUGCAAGUAACGAGAACACAGCUAGAAAGGGAGCUAUCUUUGGAGGAUGUUCACAGAAUACAAGACCUACCCGCUUAUAAUCUGUUGCAUCAGUAGUUUUGUUGUCUUGACAGUCCGCCAGUUUCAUAGACUGUUUAUGAAUUUGAACUUGGGAACUUAUCUUUUGUUGUAUUGGGUUCAUGAUUUUGGAUAUAGAAGCUACUACUAUAUUCAUAACAUGUCUAACUUAGUUUUUAUAAUUUAUUUUUUAUUUUUUAUUUUUCA